AUGGCCGAGCAAAUGUCCACCCCGCGCAUCACCGCCGCCUACCUCGACAACUUCGUCGGCCGCACCGUCACCAUCGUCGGCAAAGUCACACAGCUGCGCGGCGACCAGGCCACCAUUGACGCCGACGGCGUCGUCACCAUUCUCCUCAACCGCGACUCGCACCUCGCCAACGGCAAUGCCGCCCAGGUCAUCGGCAAAGUCAACCCAGACCUCUCCAUCAAGGCCCUCAGCACGCGCGACGUCGGGUCCGGAGUCGACAUGACCCUCUGCUCCGCCGUCGCCGAACUCACCCACCGCCACAAGGAAAUCUUCAUCUCCGAAAACUGA